AUGGUCAAAGACACCAAAUUCUACGAGGUCCUCGGCGUCUCAGUAACUGCCACCGAGGCUGAGCUUAAGAAGGCUUACAAAAUUGGCGCUCUGAAGCACCACCCAGACAAGAAUGCCCACAACCCAGACGCAGCAGACAAAUUCAAAGACCUAUCACAUGCCUAUGAAGUUCUCUCCGACCCCCAAAAACGAGCCAUCUACGACCAGUACGGCGAAGAGGGACUUGAGGGUGGCGGAGGCGGUGGUGGCAUGAAUGCCGAAGAUCUCUUCUCCCAAUUCUUUGGCGGUGGAGGCGCAUUUGGAGGUGGACUUGGCGGCAUGUUUGGUGCUGGUGGACAACAACGCGGACCACCCAAGGCUCGCACAAUCCACCACGUCCACAAAGUAUCGCUCGAGGAUAUAUACCGGGGCAAAGUCUCCAAGCUCGCCCUGCAAAAGUCAGUCAUCUGCGCAAAGUGCGAUGGCCGUGGUGGCAAGGAGGGUGCUGUCAAGAAGUGUGCGGGCUGUGACGGCCAUGGUAUGAAGACCAUGAUGCGCCAAAUGGGUCCCAUGAUCCAGCGCUUCCAGACUGUCUGCCCCGACUGCAACGGUGAAGGCGAAGUCAUCCGCGAGAAGGACAAGUGCCCCGUCUGUAAAGGAAAGAAGACCAUUGUCGAGCGAAAGGUCCUGCACGUCCAUGUAGACAGAGGUGUGCGGUCAGGACAUAAGAUCGAAUUUAGAGGCGAGGGCGACCAAACCCCAGGCGUUGAACCCGGCGAUGUCGUUUUCGAAAUCGACCAGAAGCCACACGCCCGAUUCCAGCGGAAGGGAGAUGAUCUCUUCUACCAUGCAGAAAUCGACCUUGUCACGGCUCUUGCUGGUGGCACAAUUUUUAUCGAGCACUUGGAUGAGAGGUGGCUCAGUGUUGAGAUUAUGCCAGGAGAGGUUAUUAGUCCAGGCUCAGUAAAGAUGAUCCGCAACCAGGGCAUGCCGUCGCACCGUCACCACGAUUUCGGCAACAUGUAUGUCCAAUUUGACGUCAAGUUCCCGGAAAAGAACUUUACAUCGGACCCCCAAGCAUUCGAGCUUCUGAAGUCGAUACUUCCACCCUCGAAGCUGUCCGCCGUCCCACCUCCAGAGACCAUGACAGAAAUUGCCGACUUUGAGGAUGUUGAUCCUAGCCAACAAGCACGGGCCCGGGGUGCAACAGGCAUGGACGAGGAUGACGAGGAGGGCCAAGGUGGUGAGCGGGUUCACGUCACCAACAGUGACCAUCCUGGGGUCAUUACUCAGCAAAUUCAGGCUCAGCCACCGAGAGGCCGUCAAGAACUUGCAGCCGCCGUUUCCGAGGCCUUUGGGACAACCCAGGACCCUAACCUCCACUCAUCAAAAUCCGCAUCAAAUUCACCAAGCACGGCUCAAGCCUCACCAUCACCACCACCACCCUCUAUGGUUCCCGCUGGUGCUUCUACAGCUGGGACAACCGCACCAGCACCAACGACCGCAGGGUCACGGAUUCGGCGGCGGAACCGCAUGAUAACCAGCUGUCUAGAGUGCCGCCGACGGAAACUGAAAUGCAACAAAUCCCAUCCAUGUACCAACUGCGUCAAAUUCGCACGGGACUGCGUGUUCUUGGCACCAGCCUUGGACCAGGCAAGCCAGUUGAAGCUAACCGAAAUCAAAGAGAAGGUCGGAUCGCUAGAGCGGUUGCUCGAGAGAGAUGUUGCUAAACCGGUCCCGAAUCCUGUCUCCAUGACUAGCUCAAUCCAUGAGAUAUCUGUUCCGUAUGAUGCAGACGAUGAUCUCCCUCCAAAUGAAGAUGAGAAGGACCUAGAGCCUACGCCUCUGGCCGUGAUGGACGCGGCCUAUGGCGAUGAUGGCGAGGACGACGAUUUACUGGAUCUGGGUAUCCAGUUGGGCAAGAUGCGUAUUACGGAACGUAUUGGUGGCUUCUUUAGGCCGAGGAUCGCUCAAGAGCUUUCCUUUACCGUGUCCGAUUCAUUUGCAACCGGAUACAAAGACCGAGGCGACUCCAACGAGAGGCCCCCUAGCUCCUUCGUCAAACCUAUUCCACCCGCAGCCGAAUGGUUGAAGCCCGGGCCUUCUUACAUUAUUCCCUCAUCUGGAUUCUUUGUCGGCGCCCAAGCCCAAGGAGCAUCACUUGUUGAUUAUCUGCCCUCGCGAAUGGCAGCUGAUAGGCUUAUCGAGCAAUAUUUCGCUUAUGUACAUCCAAUUGCUCAGAUAUUACAUCGGCCGACUUUCGAGAAAGAGUAUGACGUCUUCUGGGAUGAAGUCACCUUGGGAAUCGAACCUCCGAAUUCUGUUCAAACCAUUGUGUUCGCCGCAAUGUUCUCAGGGGUCGUUAGUAUGGACGAGUCUGUUAUACUGCGGGAUUUUGGGGUGUCCAAGGCGAGUUUGAUUUCGAAUUUCAAGCUGGGUACGGAGACAGCUCUUGCUCGAGCUAAUUUUCUAAGGACGACGAAGCUGGAGACUCUUCAGGGGUUUGUAAUGUACCUGAUCCCACUUUGUAGAGCAGAGGUAUCUAGAGCCCAUUCUGUCCUGUUUGGCGCUGCGUUGAGGAUGGCUGAAUGUAUGGGACUCCAUCGAGAUGGCGAGACCUACGGGAUGAACGCACUCGAAACCCAUGUUCGCCGCCUUAUCUGGCACCAGCUCUGCUUCUUAGAUAUCCGGACCUGUGAAGCACAAGGUCCACGGCCCUCGAUACGUAGAGACGAAUAUGACACGAAGCUUCCUCUCAACGUCGAUAUAGCUGACCUCCAUGCAACCGGAGAUCCGCCUGCACCUGUGGAUCGUUGGACCGAUACAACUUUGUCUUUGAUCCGGUUUGAGAUCAACGACAUGAUGAGGACCAUCUGGGUCGACCGUCCUCGAAUACAACGCCGAAAAAUAAGCCUCACGGCUGAGCUUAGCAAGAUUGAGACGUUCAAGAAUACUAUGGCUGCAAAAUAUGAUCAUCUAAUGGAUGAUAGGAUACCCUUCCAGAAAUAUGCAAGGCUUGUAAAAGCGCUACUUUUAUCUCGACUUCAUGUCAUGGUUCUUCAUCAAUAUCACAACUCCGUUGUGUCGCCUAUGCCUGAUCGUCUCAAAAAUAUACUGAUCGCCUCAGCGACAACAAAUCUCGAGACAGCAAUGGCUGUGGGCACUCUGCCCGAACUACACAAUUAUGAAUGGUACACCGGGGCCCUGACCCAACACCAUACGGCCUUCCUCCUUCUCUUAGAAAUCUACAUCGCCCCUCACCGAAAAGAAGCUGAUCGGAUAUGGACUUGUCUGGACUGGAUCUUCGAAUGUGAUAUCACCGAAACAAGACGGACGAAGGCGCUACGAGUUCUCGCCGAGCUUCAACAAAAAACUGCAAUAUAUCAGAGCAUGCGAGGCAUGCGCGCCCCGGUGGUUAUGGACAGGCAUAUCGGGCUUCGACCGCCGAGGAUCGUUCACAUGAAUGACCCUAGUACCGACGAUAAGAAGUUGUUAUAUAUGAAACGCCCGGCACCCGACAAUGAUGGGCCAUCAUCAUUACCACCGAGACAAAAUCAAAACCCAGCCAUCCCUCCUGCACCAACUGCACCAACUGCACCAACUACUACCGUUGGCCGAGCGCAAAUGCCUGAUGUGGUGUUUGCCGGUGUCUCGAACGGCGAGGCGCUGUGGGCUCUUCCAAAGCAAUUGCCCAGUCCCGAAGCUAGUAGUGAUUCUAAUAGUGGCGGUGCCGGAGUCCAAAUUUCCACGCUGAAUAGCGGCGAGGAUGAUCUGAUGGCUGAUAUUGAUUGGGAAGCUUUUGAUGCGCUUUUUCCUCCGGAUCAACAGCAGCGCGAAGUGGAUGCUCCUGUUUACCAGUUUCAUUUCUGA